AUGGAUUACUUCACAAUUUCAAGAGCAAAGAUCCUCUCACUUCUCUUCCAUGUAUCUACCUUGUACAUCUCUGUAUUAGGACAGAGAAGUUGCCCCACUUCAUUGGACACAACUCGCAUAGCAAACCAUUGUCCAACUAAUCAGGAUGCUUGGUUUCGAAGAGAAAGGAUGUUCAAUUGUUCCUCACACAAACAGAACUGUACGAAUCCUGAGUUUUUCGUGUAUCAUUGCAUACCAAAUGCUUGGCAAAAUGAAUCCAUCGAAGUGUGUGCCAUCAGGACCACAAUUAUAGGAUGGAAAUGCCCUGAAUUCAACUUUGGAGGAAAAAUGGUACAGGAGCACAACAAAGGAAAUUGUCGGUUAUGUCCAUUUCAAUACAACUCCACUGAUGCUUUCAAAUAUCGAGAAUGUUUCGAAUUUGAGAAGGACAGUUCCCUUCAAAUUAAGUACACCACAACCUCUUCAAAAGAACCUAGCUCAACAACUCUCGCAAGCUCUUUGGAUUGCACAGGAUUUAGAUGUCUUGAAGUUACUUUAGGUUUUACAGUGGGAGUUACAGCAGCUGCUGUACUACUUAUUGCAGCAGUUUCAGGGUUCGUUAUUUAUAAGAAACGAAGCGGUAAAGAUAUUAAUAGUAACCAGGAAAAACAUCUACACAAAGAGGCCGAUUUCAAAGGCUACAAGAGUAAUGAUUCUGAAGUGGAAGAUAUCCUACUUGAAAAGGGAGAUACAUUUAAAAGUACUUUCAGCCAUUUUCCAACAUUUAUCAUCUAUCUCGUAUACUUUAAGCAGUUGAUUGAUAAGGUCAUAAACAAAUUUGCAGAUAAUCAAUGCAUUAUCACAUAA